CAUUUUAUCUGUUGCGGAAGAGUCAAUGUCUAAGUCAUGCAAGUUCGGCAUAAAAUGCAGCUACGCAGGAGCAAGUGUACAGGAUGGCUCAGGACCUGCUACAAUAGAUGUUGUGGCCGACAUCAAGAGUGAACGGGUUGUUGUCUUAGGAGGCAAUGGUUUUGUUGGUUCUGCAAUUUGCAAGGCUGCAGUAUCCAAGGGUGUAGAAGUUAUAAGCCUGAGCAGGUCAGGACGUCCUACUUACUCAGCAUCAUGGGUGGAUCAGGUUAAUUGGAUAUCAGGAGAUGUUUUCUAUGCAAACUGGGAUGAAGUACUUGUUGGGGCUACUGCAGUGGUUUCUACCCUUGGUGGCUUUGGAAGUGAGGAACAGAUGCAAAGGAUCAAUGGUGAGGCCAAUGUUGUGGCUGUGAAUGCUGCAAAGGAUUUUGGGAUUCCCAAGUUUAUCUUAAUCUCAGUGCAUGACUACAACCUACCAUCAUUUCUUCUGCAAUCAGGAUACUUCACAGGGAAGAGGAAAGCGGAGUCAGAGGUUCUCUCCAAGUAUCCGAACUCUGGAGUUGUUCUAAGACCCGGUUUAAUAUAUGGAAAGAGGAGAGUGGAUGGGGUUGAGAUUCCACUGGAUUUGAUUGGUGCACCACUUGAGAGAAUUCUCCAAGCUGUUGAGAACUUCACCAAACCCUUAAGUUCUCUUCCAGCAUCUGACCUGCUCCUGGCCUCCCCUGUGAACGUUGAUGAUGUUGCCUUUGCAGUCAUAAAUGCAGUAACAGAUGAUGAUUUCUUUGGCAUUUUCACGAUUGACCAAAUCAAGGAAGCUGCAGCUAAAGUGAAAGUUUGAAUCACUUCCCCCUUUUCGACCAGCAGAUACAAUUCAUAGUUUUCAUCCACUUUCAUGUCUGGCAAAUAUCAGCUGAUGAUUCAAAAAUCUGUUGAACUCGAGUAAUCCACAUUGAGAUACUUUCAAUAAUGGGAUUGAACUUGGUCAUAAUUCAUACUCCAUUUAGCUCUAAUUUAUGUAUGUUGUUGUUCCCCGCACAAGAUCCAGGGG